GGGAUGAAAUGGAUUUGUGGAAACGUAGCAUUUUCUCUUCACUUCAUGAAUCUGGAGGGCCUGGAAUCUUUUUCGAGACUUGGCACCUAGUUGAAGAAUAGCGCAAAAUCUAAAAUUUUGCCCUCGAGCCCAUUUUAGCUGGUAAAACAAGGUCGAAAAAUAAUCUCCUAGUCUCGUGUCUCUUCUGCCCAUACGUCGAAUCAGAUGCAUAGGUUCACAUUAGCGAUUACGCUUUAAUUCACCCUCAAACUCCCCAAAUGAAACACACAGCCUUGAUUCGAAGGCCAUACAAUUCUUAUUUAAAAUGGAGUGAGAUGAACAAUGUUCAUCAUUCGUCAAUUGCAUCAUUCGCCGAGAAGAUGUGGUUCAAAACGCUCCUUGCCAUUGCCACCUUCGUUAGUUGUAUCGCUGCUGCUACGGUGAGGACUCCUCCAUGCGAACGAAGUCAUCGACCCUACAUGCUGCCCGAUACAGAAUUCUGCGACAAAUAUUUCGUUUGCCAAGAUGGAACGGCAACCGAAGAAUUUUGUGACGAUGGGCUUGUGUUCGACGACGAUAAGGAAAAAUGUGAGCUACCCCAUGCUGUCCAAUGUGGCAGCAGGACAAAACAACAAAAUCCUCGCUCAACUUUGAAUUGUCCACGUCGUAACGGAAUGUACCCAGUGCCCGGAUCGUGCGACAAGUUCUAUCACUGCACCGACGGGCAAGAAUCUCUUAUUGCGUGCCCACCUGGUGUUAUUUUUGAGCCGUUAGUUGGAGCCUGCGUUCACGCUGACCAAACAAACAGGCCGAAUUGCAGUGCCUCUCAGUUCCUAAAUUUCGUGUGUCCCAGUAUUGGAAUUGGGGCGAAUCCCACCGUCCUUCGUUUCGGUGAUCACGAUCGCCUCGCCCAUCCAAGUUCCUGCCGCCAUUUCUACAUGUGCCUGUUGACUGGAAUGCCACGCCUCGGAGGAUGCACGUACGGAUUGGUCUUUAAUCCGGUGUCUGGUCGCUGUGAUGAGCCUCAGAAUGUCCGUGGCUGUGAAAAGUGGUAUGGCGAAGGUGAUCCGAUUGAGGAGGAUGGCGUUUCCGAUGACUCCGUCUCGCCAGCUCUCUCGUCUAGGAAGAUCAACAACUCAGCUGUCCGACCAUCAGCUGGAACGGUGUCUGCCAAAGCCGAGUCCGAACAGACGGUGAAAUCCAGCCCGCAACCAUCGCGACGUUUGUCUAGGGGAGCCAAUCUACUUGGCCUACUUUAGUAGCAGCGUUUAGUACACACCGUAUCAUUCCGCUCAAUCCCUUGUGAGCAUUGACUAUAGCGUUUUUAAUUCAGUCAUUCCAUUGUCUUGUCGCAUUUUUCUUUUUUUUUGUGUGGCCAUUUUCUGUAUCAUUUGAUCCGUUUGGAGUAAAAAUUCUAUUCGACCAACUGACUGCCUUGCGAUUGUUUCGUGGGGUUUUUUCUCUUCAUAGAAUGAACCAAUAUGAACUCGGUGUUUGAAAAGAAAAAGAAAGCUUUUCCAACAGAGGCGUGGCAAUCGGUUACAAGUGGCCAUCGGGAAGGCAAAGCAAUUGCAGAAAUUCAGCUCUAGGUGCGGUCAUCGCGUAUUUUCCAAUGUAAUUGACGUGCGUUACAUAUUGGCUCUCCGUCCUCCGGUGAAUGAGAGACUCGCCGAUUCACAAAAUAAACCAUAGCUGCUCUGUUUUA